AGGGGGGGAAGGAAAUCUGUUUUCCACUGCUGUGCAGGACUCACUUCCCUGCAGUGCACACUUGAGCACAUGGACGCAGAAGUGCUUUGAAAUGACACCUCGUAUGGACUAGACCAUGGUAUAUUUGUCAAAGAGAACACGAGGAAGUCAUGCCAAAGGGUCAGGUCUCUGGAAGAUGCGAAUAAAACCCAAAUACCACAGUGUUGCUGUGCUACUGUCAACUCUCUGCACAGGAAUGAGAGGAAUAUUGCUGUUCCACUUGGGCCAGUUUAUGCAAUAAACGCAGACAGUUCUCCAUAUACCAAAGCAUUGCCAGCGGCGACUGAUUUGCUGGGUCAAUCUCGCAACGAUUGCACCCAGGUUUGCGUUGACCGCCUGCGACAGCUGCAUUUGCGCUCUGGAGAAGCUCUCGCGCAUGGGACCUACCAGAGAGGCUCAGAGAUGUUCUCGUGGAAUAUGGACAGAAUGAUUGAUGUGGAAGCUCCAGAACGGUAAACGACCCGCGUGCGCAACAAUGCAGCUAAUCGUUCAGAGGCGACGGAUCCGCACACUGCGCUUGGUUUGGUCGCUCAUGGCCGUGGUCGCGCUGUCCCUGGCCGUGUGCAGUGCCAUAUUUACAGUGUGGACAAUGCGACAAACGCAGGACCUGUCGAGGUCUUUCCAAACUCUGCAGAGGCGCUUAGAGCAGUUUGCAUCUGCACAGCUGUUUAAUGCUGGAAGUCGCAGGAGCUCCACAUGGAUGACUCUUAUCUGCAUCCCAGAGAGUUUUGUCUCUUUUUCCAAAACAUGCCUUUCUUUUGUCUUUAUCUCGCAAGCGGGAGGGAGGAAAGGAAAUGGACGAAAAGUGGCCUCUCAUUUUGAGAUAACCAACGAUUCCUUCCAAAAGGUGGGCAGUGAGGGAGUCAUUAAAGGAUGGACUGAGGAGCAGCUGAAUAUGAGCAGGGCGGUGCAUUAUAAUCCAGAGACUGGCACCUUCAAAGUGGAGCGCAGCGGCGUCUACUUCCUGUACUGUCAAGUACACUUCAACGAGAACCAGAGUCAGUACGUGAAGCUCGAGGUGUCUGUUCCUAAAGGCCCUUUGCUCCAGUGCAUCGAGGGGUAUGGAACCACACCAGCGUCUGGCUCCCACAAGUUUCACUUCCUAAAGCCUUGCCAGGUCUCUGGCCUCCUACGCCUUAACAAGGGCGCCGAGCUGAAGGCGGUCACCGGAGGUUCCUUCAGUCUGCAGAUGUCAGGCAAACACUACUUUGGCCUCUUCAAAGUUAACUAGAGGCACAGACAGUUUUCCAGACACCUCAGCUGUAUGAACAAAAUAGUUUUAUAGUUUUCCACAGAUCACUGGCCUUAAAUUACCUAACCUAAACCUGUCUCUUUGAACCUGGCGUUGCCUUAAAAGAGGAAAUUUUGACUCAGUGAAAAACGUUUCUAUAAUCAGCUGUCCAUGGUCACGGACGACCCCUUUAUGAACACAAGUGUCCUUCUAUGAAGAUGUCAUCGGGAUGUUAAUGACUGCACAACUUGCCUUGCUGGACCAAUUUAUGGAGAAUAAUUUGGUACUCUGUCGGUUUGGCUGCAAAUGCCUUAUUAAAAGCAAACCAGCACAAUUUCUACUAUAUAAAUAUAGCAUUUAAUUACAGCAUACCAGAGACAUUGCUCCAGCAGCUUGGUUGACUUAUAUACUGGCAUAACCAGUUUGACCAGAGGGACGAUGAAUUUUCAGCAGCGUUGCAGGCCACUACAAGUAUGAGAGGUUUCACCACUGGUUACUUGGCUGGACCAAAACAGAGUUGCCCUAGUUCUUGAACUGCCUUACCACUGGAUGUGUUUUAGUGCAGAAAAAUGAAGGUUUUGGCUGGUCGUUAUGAAAACUCAAGAGUGACCAAAUAUGCAUCAAAUAAUACAAGAAACUUUACUUUUGUUGUUGCAUCAAUUUGAAACAACAAGCCAGAAUUUUUUUUUUCCCCAAACACACUGUCACUGUGACAUAUGAAACAUAUAUUAAUAUUUAUCGAUGAAAAGGCAGUGACUUAUUAAAGCAGAUACUUUAAACUUUUGUUAUACUGAAAGUGGACUGUGUGUACAUAUUGCAUGAAGUUGAUGACAUGGAUGGCACAGACCUUUAAAAAAGUCACAGUAUGCCUUUAGUUUUUAUAUAAUGUGCAAUUUCAUGUUAUAUUUUUUAAAAGGUAAAGUUACAGAUUUUUACACCAUCGUAAUUUCAUUUAAUCUCACUAAUUAGAAAUGUAUGAAACCACUGGUGACUCCAAUCUGUCAAUGUCUACCUGACCUACCGCUCCUGAAGCCUUUCGUAAAUCUUGUCAAUACUGUCAAUUAAAUCUGAAAUGGAAAUUACAACCGCUGUUCGAAAUACACUUUGCUCCAAAUGGGUUUCCUAAUAAU